AGACCGAAAAAAUUAUUAAAAUAAUUAUUCUACAAACUUGUAUCCAUAAACUUGUAUUUUAAAAGGACCGCCUAAAUUAAGUACUUUUAAAAUUCGAUCGUAGUGCUAUCUAUACAAAAACGGCGGAAACUACUCAACAAUUUAUCGAUCGAUUUUCUGCAACGCUAGUACCAUCUAUUAAAAAACAGAGGAAGUUAUCUACUUACCGACUUAUCAUACGGUAGUCGGUAAAUUGUCGAAUAGUUUCCGCCGGUUUUGUAAAGAUGGGGCUACGGUCGAAGUAGAGAGUGUAACAUCCUACCUUUUCGACGUCCGAAGACGUGAUGUGUAAAGUCGAGAGAAUGAGGCAGAUGUGAAUGAAGCAGAACGAAAACAAUAACAGAAUAUGACAAUUCACAAUUUGUACAUAUUUUCCAAAAAUGGAACAUUAUUAUAUUAUGCUGAGUGGAAUAGGUUAAAUAAAUCUGGAAUAACAAAAGAGGAGGAAGCAAAGUUAAUGUACGGAAUGUUGUUUUCCAUUAAAUCAUUCGUAAGUAAAAUAUCACCGUUGGAUCCAAAAGAAGGAUUUUUAUAUUAUAAAACUAGCAAAUACACAUUGCAUUAUUUUGAAACUCCUUCAGGAUUAAAAUUUGUGUUAAACACUGAUAAUGCUACACAUAAUGCUAGAGAAUUGUUGCAACAAUUAUACAAAGAAGUUUACUUGGAGUAUGUAGUAAAAAAUCCGCUCUGCCAAUUAAAUGAACCAAUUCAAAGUGAAUUGUUUAAAUUAAAAGUUGAUGAAUUAUUUAAAAAAUCUCCCUUAUUUUUAAGCAGAUCAAUAUAACUUAAUACUAUGUUGAAAAAAUCUGUAAUAUAUUUAAAUACAUGCACGAUUUAUAAAGCUA